GAAAAAGACGCAGUCCCACUAAAGGCCCACUCCCUUACCCCAUACGGAAGAGCCAAUCAUUAGUCGCAGGACGGUGCCUGGCAAUGAAUCUUUUGGUUUGUAUAAAGCCCUGAGGGUCCCGCUUGUUGUCUGGGUCUGAUUCACGGUGCAAACAUCUUCAAUUCUUCAUUGUCCCCGUUGACCACCUUGUCACUACUAUUCUCACGCUACGCUACCAACGGGACACCAUACCUGACCUCUCUAUUCCCACCUAUAUACCACCACAACAUUCGGAUGGCUUGGAACUGCAUACAGCAAAUAAAAAAGAGCUUUCAGUUCAAUAGUAAUAGUCAUCAUAGACAUCAUUCAUAAUGCCUGCGUCCACAAAUUACCACGUCAUUGAACCUCAUCCCUCCGUCCCUCAUACCUCCCGGCCGGCCAUCCAUACAGCUCGCGGCGGUGCAGGCAAUGUCAUCAGUCUAAAGAACACCAAGACCACCGAUUCCCACAAUGCCUCUGGCCCGCCUUCUCUCACCCGUCUGGACUCGCGUGUCCCCCGCACCUUCAAGUCCGGUCGUGGCGGCGCUGGAAACGUCCACAGCAGCAGUGAGCGUGCUAUGUUCAGCUUCGACGAGGAAUUGGAACGCGAAUUGCGUCGUGUGGCCCCCGUAUACCAUGUUGGUCGUGGAGGCGCCGGUAACAUGAUUUCCAACGAUACCUCCGGCUCGUCAACCCUCAGUCGCAAAUUCUCCGGCAGCAGCGCGGGCACCAGCAGCAGCUCUCUCUCGAUGGGUGAUCAAGUUCGCGACAAGGCCAUCCACGGUAUACAAAAGGGUUGGGGAAAGUUGAGGGGUAUGGCUUAAGACCUGCCAUCUCUCUGCGCCAAUGUGUCUUCAACGGGUGCCCAACUCGACUUUCAACCGUUACGAGUUUUACGACCAAAAAAGUUCUUCGAUUUCUCCUCUCUUCUCGACUCUCCGUUCGAAUCACCUAGACGCAUUUUAAUCU